GUGUAUCUCCGAGACAAUAUACAAUUUUCUCGAAAUGAUAAUGUAAAUAAUAUCUCCAAAUAAGGUCAUUCCUUGACCUUACACAUGAUUUUCUUUCUGAACAAUGUAACAAGACAAAUUGUACGUUUGCCAUCGGAGGCGCCGUGGGAUUUGUCGCGGCUGAUAAAAACAGCAAACAAGUAGGCACAAAUAAAUCGCAUUAUUUGACGAAACGAGGCGGCGCCGCUGUGCUUAUAUGUAAACACGAUAAAAGACUACCGAAUAUAGCGCGGCUUCGUGCUACCAAAUAAGCCAUUCCGAAUAACAAUUGCUAGAAAAAUAAAAAUACAUCACGCCACUUACAAGCCGCGACAAUUUUUUUUAUUGCAUAUUUUACAUGGCGUAAACAAAUCGGUUUUGCGGAUACAUAUGAGACAUAUUGAAUAUGAGUCACUUUUUCUAUCAUUACACAUCUAUUAUUCGAUAGUAGUAAGAUAGAGAUAAUAAUACACAUAAUUAAUUGCGAUAAGAAAUAAAACGUUUAAAAACACGUUUGAACGAAAUAUUCGUAAGUAAAAGAAUCGAGUAUAUACUCUUAUGCUCGUAUGUUUUGUAUUUCUUUGAAUAAUUAUCUCUUUUAAUCAGUAUCGAAUUGCGUGCCGAUUGCCAUAGUCUGUACAAACAACAGGGGCAGAUUGACGUUACCAGCCAAGAAAGUUCACAAAGUAGGACAGUGUUCAACAAUUGUUCGUAAAUCACGUUGACAUUCAAAAGUUUCGAGAUCGAAUAACAGAUCGUGAAAAAAAACUAUUUUCGUCCUAAGGAGCUACGGGUGUAAUUGUGUGUUAAGAAGAACCAUUAUUGCAAAUAAUACGUUGCGCAGUUACGUACGAUGCAACAACGGUUCAAUGGGAGUUUCCUGGGAUCACGUCAAAUCAAGCAGCGAGGAAAAUCUGCUAAGAUGUACCACGGCAAGCAGAGAAGACUACUUGAGCGACGAUAUGUCGACGGCUGCCCCGGAAUUGACGGUCAGACGGCCGGUCUACCAGCAGGACGAGCUUAAUCACUUGUGCAAAUACGUAAAGCCCAAGAGAAUCUUUAGUAAUGAGGUGUCAAAACGAUGCAAAAGUAUCAAACCAAUUACAUUUUUAAAAAAAUCGAUACCUUUGAUUGACUGGCUUUCCUCAUAUGACUGGAAGAAUAAUAUUUUGGGAGAUGUAGUUGCUGGAAUUACUGUUGCUGUAAUGCAUAUUCCACAAGGUAUGGCAUAUGCAAUUUUGGGCAAUGUUCCGCCAAUUGUUGGUAUAUACAUGGCCUUCUUUCCAGUUUUGGUGUAUUUUCUUGGUACAUCCAGACAUAAUUCCAUGGGUACCUUUGCACUCGUCUGUAUGAUGACUGGCAAAGUCGUUACGACAUACAGUAAUCCUGCAUUUUCAACGAAUAAUACGUCAGUCGAGAACGGCACCUUAAUUUCCGACGUAAACCAUCAAUAUUCGCCGGUGGAAGUUGCAACCGUAGUCACAUUCACGGUCGCUGUUAUACAGGUAACUAUUUCGUAUACAAUUCAGCGCCUAUAUUUUCUACAGAGAUUACAAUUCGACGUAUACUCUUCUACGCGUUUGUCUCUUUGCUUUACGUCUCGUUUUUUAUUUUAUUUAUCUUUUUCCCAGACUUACGUGGACGUUUUUAACAGUUUAAACAACAUCAAUACGACUGCCGUGAUACUGUCUUGUAUCACUAUUUUAGCUCUUAUCUUCAACAAUGAAGUUCUUAAGCCGAGAGUCUCAAAGUUAUGUCCCUUUCCAAUUCCGAUAGAGAUGCUUGUGGUUGUAAUUGGUACUGUGAUAUCGAUGCAAAUGGAUCUUGCGGAUACUUAUAACGUAAUAACGGUUGGCGUUAUACCAGUGGGAUUGCCAGUCCCGUCUGCACCACCGUUGUCUCUCAUACCCAACAUUUUAGUAGAUAGUAUUGUGAUUACUAUGGUCGCUUAUACGAUAUCGAUGUCUAUGGCAUUGAUUUUCGCGCAAAAGGAAGGCUAUGAGAUCGAUUCCAACCAAGAAUUGGUGGCGCAGGGACUGGGAAACCUUGUAGGUUCUUUUUUCUCUUGUAUGCCUAUCACAGCUUCGUUAUCCAGAUCGUUGAUUCAGCAAACUGUAGGUGGACACACACAGCUGGCGAGUUUGAUAUCGUGUGGAAUUCUAGUGAGCGUGUUGCUGUGGAUCGGCCCGUUCUUCCAACCUUUGCCACGAUGUGUUCUAGCGAGCAUAAUAGUGGUAGCGUUAAAAGGGAUGCUGAUGAAGGUCACCGAAUUCGUGAAAUUCUGGAGGUUGGAUAAAAUAGAUGCCGGCAUUUGGGCUGUCACUUUCAUCGUCGUGAUUCUUUUUGACGUCGAGUAUGGAUUAUUAGUCGGCAUACUUCUAUGCAUCGGAAGGUUACUUGUCCUCGCAAUGCGACCUUACACGUGUAAACUCGCUCUGGCACCAGGCACUGAGCUCUACUUGGAUGCCAAAAGAUACAAAGGGACUGUAGAGAUUCCUGGCAUCAGAAUCUUCCACUAUUCCGGAAGUCUGAAUUUUGCGUCUAGGCAAUACUUUCGUGAGGAAGUAUACAAGGUUGCAGGGAUAGUACCUCAAAAGGAAUUAAACAGACGACAAAAAGCCGCAUGCAACGGCACUGUGGCGGAGGAAAUUAAAAAGCUACGCAUUCUUAUAUUGGAUUUCUCUGCAUUGUCACAUAUCGAUCUGGCAGGUGCGAACGCAUUGCGAAACAUUGUCGACGAAUAUUGCGCCAUACAAGUAUCUAUGUACAUUGCAGGUUGUUCUGGCCCGGUGUACGAAACCAUGAGGAAGUUUAACCUGACCGAGUACAAUGAGAACCAUUUCUUCGCUAUGUUCCCCACUGUUGCUGAUGCAGUACAUUUUGCGCAUUCUCAUACCGAAGUGCCUUCGACACCCGCAUGGAGCACUCGCAUUCACGAUGAGAACUAUAUUAGCAGACUCUGAGACCCGAGAAACGAGAAGUUGCUUACUCCGAAAAGCGUUUCAUAAACGCUUCUAAUAUGCGAAUAUUUAUAUGUCUUAUCGCUUUAUUAUUUAUCGCUUCGCAAUUAUUGUUUAUUCAUCUAAGGGAGAAAAUGAUUGUACUCAAUGCUAAGAUGACUGACUACUCACAAACAGUAUUGACGUUUUUUUCUGUAAUUUAGUUGCAUUUCAUAAAUUCAUCGAGAGUCUAUAUUUAUAUGUGAUAUUUAAAAAGAGAUCAAACUAACAAAUCGCCUUUGAAACAAUAUCUUCAAA